AAUGCACCAAAUAUUAACAACAAUUUGAGCGUAGAACCAUCCAUUGUGAUGGUUGUGUGAACUCACCCGCGUAGCGACGUCCGCGUCUAUGCGCGCGUCGACGCUCGUCAUUCGGCGCUCAAUACGCAAGUCCGCAUUUCAUUGCAGCCGAGAGAAGUUUUCCGCUGUAAAGGGCAGUUCAAGAUCACUGAUACUGCCGGUUUCACCACGCGUUGAUUGUGCGAGUAAAAGUAGUGCUAUUCGUUGUGCAAACAUGGUUUGGUGUACGGUUUACGAUGGAAAAACUGAGACGGGAAACCCCAACAAGCCAGCGAUGCAGCUGGCGGCGGCUGACGCGGGCUCCCACCUGCAGCACAUGUGCAGCCUGGACAUCGACUCCAAGGCCUCUUAUGUGCGACUGUCCGGCAUCAUCUGCACCAUUGGGCCCGCUUCCCGCGAUGUGGCCAUGCUAGAGAAGAUGAUGGAAACUGGCAUGAACGUGGCCCGCAUGAACUUCUCGCACGGCUCGCACGAGUACCAUGCCGAGACCAUUCGCAACUGCCGCGAAGCCGAAAAGAACUAUAGCAAGAAGCUCGGCAUCCCCUUCUCCCUCGCCAUCGCUCUUGAUACCAAGGGACCUGAGAUCAGAACUGGUCUCUUACAGGGCGGUGGUUCCGCGGAAGUGGAGCUGAAGAAGGGAGCUACCAUCAGACUGUCGACAGACCCCGCCCUGCAGGAGAGCGGCAACGCGGACACAGUGUACGUGGACUACAAGAACAUUACCAAUGUCGUGAAGCCCGGAAACCGUAUCUUCAUCGACGACGGCCUCAUCUCCAUCAUCUGCAAGUCCGUUGAGGGCAACACGCUGGUCUGCGAGAUUGAAAAUGGAGGUAUGCUCGGUUCACGCAAGGGUGUCAACUUGCCCGGUCUCCCCGUGGACCUGCCAGCCGUCUCAGAGAAGGACAAGUCUGAUCUCAUCUUUGGUGUUGAACAGGGGGUGGACAUGAUCUUCGCUUCGUUCAUCCGCAACGGCGCGGCGCUGAAGGAGAUCCGCGGCAUCCUGGGCGACAAGGGCAAGAACAUACAGAUCAUCUCCAAGAUCGAGAACCACCAGGGCAUGGUCAACCUCGACGAGAUCAUCGAUGAAUCUGACGGCAUCAUGGUGGCGCGUGGUGACCUGGGUAUCGAGAUCCCGCCGGAGAAGGUGUUCCUCGCACAGAAGACCAUGAUCGCCAGGUGUAAUAGGGUGGGCAAACCGGUGAUCUGCGCCACACAGAUGUUGGAGUCGAUGGUGAAGAAGCCGCGACCGACGCGCGCGGAAACUUCCGACGUCGCCAACGCCAUACUCGACGGCGCCGACUGCGUGAUGCUGUCGGGCGAGACCGCCAAGGGUGACUACCCGCUAGAGUGCGUGCUGACCAUGGCCAACAUCUGCAAGGAGGCCGAAGCCGCGAUCUGGCACAAACAGCUGUUCAACGACCUGGUCGCUCAGGUCAAGCCCUCAAUCGACCCCGCCCAUUCCGUCGCGAUCGCCGCUGUUGAGGCCUCGACCAAGUCCAUGGCGUCGGCGAUCAUCGUGAUCACGACGAGCGGGCGGUCGGCGCACCUGUUGAGCAAGUACCGGCCGCGCUGCCCCGUCAUCGCGGUCACACGGCACGCGCAGACCGCGCGCCAGGCGCACCUGUUCCGCGGUGUGCUGCCCAUAGUGUAUUCAGAGUCCCCCGCCAGCGACUGGCUGAAGGACGUGGACAACCGCGUGCAGUACGGGCUGAAGUUCGGGCGCGCGCGCGGCUUCCUGCACACCGGUGACAACGUCGUCGUCGUCACCGGCUGGCGGCAGGGCUCCGGCUUCACCAACACCAUGCGCGUCAUCCAAGUCGAAUAAGGAAGUCUAGAAGACGUUUUAAGUAUUAAGAGAGUGCAGUUAUGAUAUUGGAAACCCAGUGCACUUAAAGUGAAAAUGGAGUUGCAUCUGAAUAGAUGAUAGAAAUUAUAUCAUAGCUAGAUAUUCUAUUUAUGUAUUGAUACGAAUUUGUUAUAGAUACAGGAGUAUUAUGCGUCUGUGCGUAAAUAAACUUUUUAAAAGUAAAA